AUGGAUUUUCGACUCUGGUGCCACUAAUCACAUGUUUGGUAAUCGUUCUCUCCUAUCUCAUAUUCAAACUUAGAAGUCUCUACCUCCUAUUACAUUGGCA